AUGCAAUUGAGAUUCUUCCAUUGAGUCCAUGAGGAGGCGUGUGAGUGACUUUGGAAGAGGCAGGUUUUGAACUAAAACUUCACUCUUGACCAAGGAGAAUUUAUAUGCUAAGAACGUAGUAAUGAUUUACCACUGCAGUUUUAACCGUGGUUUUGUAAGACACCAUUUGUUUGGGUUAUGGGCCAAUUGAGCAGUGUUUAGCUAGUUAGCCGCGGAGUAAGUUAGCUUAGCUAGGUAAAGUUAGCUGGCUAUCGGAGAUUCGAGGUCAUUUGCUGGUUUUACGUUGAGCUGUUGCGAUAUGCAUAACGUUGACAUGUGGUGUUACUAUGUGGCCGUUUAUAUAAACUGUCAAGCUACUACCUCUAACUAGCUAUCUUACUUUGACAGUUUGAGUUGGGUUAGCUAACGUUAGCUAGCUAACUUUCAACAAUAAACAGUCAACCGAGAAGUAAGUUAACGUGCAGAUAUCUUAUCGUUAUAACGUUAGCUAGUUGAACAAGAUAUAAGUGUGCAGUAGUACAGAAUGCUGCUCUCCCUGGUUGUGCACACGUACUCGUUGCGGUACUGGUUUCCUGCAGUGGUAAUGCUAGGCACAGCUCCGGCUUAUGUGCUGUCAUGGGGUGCUUGUCGUGUGCUUACUGCUGUCCUACCAUCAAGACUAUACCGCAGGAUGGACGACCACCUCUAUAACAUAUACCAGAGCCUCGUCCUCUUUUUCUUCGAAAACUAUACCGGGGUGGAGGUUGUUAUUUAUGGAGACAUGCCAAAGAAUAAAGAGAAUGUGGUCUACCUUUCCAACCAUCAAUGCACAGCGGACUGGAUCAUUGCUGACAUGUUAGCCAUUAGGCAGAAAGCACUUGGCCAUGUGAGAUACGUCCUAAAAGAUGGCCUGAAGUGGCUCCCAUUAUACGGAUGGUAUUUCUCUCAGCAUGGAGGUGUCUACGUGAAGCGAAGCGCAAAGUUUGACGAGAAAGCAAUGAAAAAAAAGCUAUCUUCACAGACAGUGUUGGGAACACCAAUGUAUCUUGUCAUCUUCCCAGAAGGAACGCGAUACAACCCUGAACUCGAGAAGAUGAUCAGCGACAGUCAGGCUUUUGCCACUAAAGAAGGGCUGGCUGUCUUAGACCAUGUUCUGACCCCAAGAAUGAAAGCCUCUCAUGUUGCCAUAGAGACCAUGAGGGAUCACCUGAAUGCUGUGUAUGAUAUCACCGUUGUGUAUGAGGGAACACUGGGCAAAAGCAGUGAAAGACAACCUGCCCCAACCAUGCCAGAAUUCCUGUGUAAGGAAUGUCCCAGAGUUCACAUCCACUUUGAACGUGUGGACAUGAAGGAAAUUCCUCCGGAGUCAGUGAUUUUCCGCAGGUGGCUGCACAAGCGAUUUGAGAUCAAGGACCAGAUGUUGACUACUUUCUAUGAGUCUGAGGAUCCAGACAAAAAAGGCAAAUUCCCUGGAGAAGGUCAAAGGUCCCAUCUGAGCAUUACGAAGACGUUGCCAUCGCUACUAUUUUUGGGGGGGCUAACACUGCCAAUGCUGUUGACGGAGUCUGGCAGGAAACUCUAUGUCCGAACCUGGGUGUAUGGGACUCUGUUGGGAUGGCUCUGGGUGAAUGUUAGUCCAUAGGAAGCUUGUGGUGGUCAUCAUGACAUCUGCUAUGGGUAUGGAAAAACCUUGCCUUUCACUCACCCAUCAAGCAGGGGAGUAUGUUUAUUCAAACAAAGCACCAUAAGGUUUAUGGGCUUCUACAAUUCUGUCCAAAUGUAUGGUUCAUUGCCUAACAGCUGUAAGAGAGAUUGGGUUUUGUUUCUUGUGCUGCUUGUUCCUUGCUCUAUUGUUGUGUGCGUCAGAACUUGCAGCCAGAUAAGGUGAGAAAAAUAUAAAUGGGGACGUUGAAAUGGAGGCAUAUUUCUUUCUUGAAUUUCCCCCUUUAUCUCAGCCAUAAAGUAUGAAGACAUUACUUCCCUAAACCCUUUAGGCAUAUUACAUAAUAAAUGUAGCCAAUUCUGUACUUUUGCGUGUCCAGCAUCCCUUUUCAACAUGAUGUAAUCUUCCAUUAGUUGACUAGAGUUAGAGUUCAGCUCUCUGUUUGAGAUGUUAUGCUGCGUUCAUGUGCUCUUGGAAUUAUUGACAACUCGGGACAGAAACUCCCCAAAAUCUCCCAGAAUGUUCAGAACUGAGUUUACGACGUCCAAAUACGUUCUUUGAGCUUCCAAGUAGGAAAUAGGGGUGGGGAGUUAACAUGUAACGAUAACAUGUAUCGUACUCUGAGUCUGAGCUUCCCAGUAAGAUAGUUUAGAGUUUACUAUUCCGAGGAGCAUGUGAACCCAGCAUUAGAGCAGAUUUAAUAUUCAGUACUCAUUACUAAGUACUCAUUACAAAAGAGUGAUUAGUGUUUAUCCAAUUGAUAUGUUCAUGAGGGUGAUGUAGGGUUUCGGUCUUUAGUGAUGGUUACUUAAGCCAUACAUGUUUAAUGUUCUAUUUUUUUAAUGCCAGGUUCCAAGGUGUCUGCUGUAUGUGUUUUGAUUGAUUGUUGUUGCAGAAAUCCACAGAUUGUUGCCAAACUCGAUACAAGUGCAGGGGUAUCGAAUAAGUAUUUUAGGUGGAGGAACACAUCUGUAAUCAGGUCAAUGUCCUGUCUGCUGUACCUGAAGAACCAAUAUUGUAUUGUCUUCUGUAGUUGACCUAAAGAUUGCAAGUGUACUACAUUUUCAUUAGACUUUCUAAAACAAAUUCUGUUGGGAGAGCUUGUUAUUCAGAGGCAUUUUUGUGUACGCUGCCUUUAUGCCAUGUUACAGAUUACACAAGGGGUAUGGAUAUCUAUAUAUUGAGAAGGCCAGCUGUAGAGUAUCUCUAUAUAGAAUUAAUAUUUCUUUGUAUACAAAGUCAACUGUAUAAUAUAGAUCACUAUUCAAAAACAAAUACUGUAUGUCCAUAAUUUUUUAUAAUAUAAACAUUACUUUUUCCACUGUCACUUUACAUGAUGCUAUUCUUAGCUUAUUUAUUAAAGGGGUCUUAACACCUGCCACGCCAAUGCCUCGCUUACGUAUCCUAUCCUUCAUUUAAUAACAAUGUGUAACGACAAUACUUUAUUUCAUUCAAUUUGUUUUGUUUAAUUCUGUUAAUUUGAUUUAAAAAAGACAAGCUGAUUGUAAAUAAUAAAACAAGUUUGGUAGACACUUGUGUCAAUUGUACCCAGACAUUUAUGCCUUCUACAGGAGUUAGUCAGUCCUUGGCUUUGGCUUCCACUGAGGACUACAUGUAAUGACUGCACUGGGACUCCCUCUACUGGACAGCACUGGAACUGUUCUGCACACCACAGUUUAUUGGUCUGUCUUCAGUUCAUGAGCUUUUGGUGGGCAGUAGUAUAUGCUGGAAUAUUUUUGUUUUAAAGCACUUGAUUUUGAGAAACUUGUGGAAUUUCAAAAUUAAUGUUUCAAUUAUAUAUUUUUUGUAAAUAAAGUACCUCUUGGUGUUUCAUCAAGCUAAGAGGAGUUUAUUUUU